CGCUCCCUCUGAGGUAUCGGAGUCAGCGGCGUCGGCCGGAAAUCGAGAAGAACCUCUCCAUGAAAUGCCAAAGAGGAAAGGGAACCAAAUUAGCCCACUCCUUGCUCUGGCUUUGAAGCGAAGCAUCUCUGCUGGGGGCAGAUGGGCUGCUGAUCAGUCUCUCAAGCAUUCCUGUCCUCAGGAACCCCAGCGGUAAAGACCGUUUGAGCCUUUCAUUGCACGAGCCAAAUGGGAAGAUUUUCCAGCAAGGUCUGGAACUGGACCUCUUUUUUCCACCCCCUUUAUCGUUCCUGAUUUUGCUUUCCUCCCCGACCCCUGUUUUUUUCAUCUUUCUGGUAUCGUAGUCCAGUUGCUUCGUCACGAAUAGUCGGGUUCGAUCUGUCCUUGCCUGAAUGGACAGGGAGACUUUUGCGUAUUCCACUAAGUUUUUCCGUGAUUACAGCGGCCCAUCCCGGGGCGCCGCCUGCCAGCCCCACGACCAUGUGGACUACAUUGAGAAGCCCGAGACAUUCACUUACGCAGACUUUUUCAAGGAUUACCUGAUCCCCAACGACCCUUGCGUUUUCUCAGCAAAGUUCACGGAGGGCUGGGCCAGCAGGAGGAAGUGGGUGACGCCGGACGGGAAACCCAACUUGGAGUACCUCCUGCAAACUUUUGGAGAGGCUGUAGUACCUGUUGCCAACUGUGAUGUCAAGGAGUACAAUUCUAACCCAAAGGAACAUCUUAAACUCAAGGAGUACAUAAGCUAUUGGAAAGAACACAUUAAAAAAAGCUAUCGAUCCGCCCGGGGGUGCCUUUACCUCAAGGAUUGGCAUUUGCAAAGGGCAUUUCCGGAGCAAGAGGCCUAUUCCACGCCCAUCUAUUUCUCCUCCGACUGGCUGAAUGAGUACUGGGAGGCCAUCGCCGUGGAUGACUAUCGAUUUGUCUACAUGGGACCUAAAGGCUCAUGGACUCCAUUCCAUGCCGACGUCUUCCGCUCCUACAGCUGGUCAGCCAACAUUUGUGGGAAAAAGAAAUGGCUGGUUUUUCCCCCGGGCCAAGAAGAGUAUCUGAGGGAUCGCCAUGGCCACUUGCCAUUUGACAUCACUGCCCCUGAUCUGAAGAAUGGCUCCCUGUACCCCCGCUAUGCUCAGAGCAGCCCACCGGUCGAAAUCAUCCAGGAAGCCGGGGAGAUAGUCUUCAUCCCGAGCGGUUGGCACCAUCAGGUUUACAAUCUGGAAGACACCAUCUCCAUCAACCACAACUGGGUGAAUGGGUGCAACGUAGCCAUCAUGUGGAGCUUUCUCCAGGACGAACUGGCCGCUGUCCAGCGAGAGAUCAGAGAAUGGAAAGACAGCAUGGAGGACUGGCACCUGCAAUGCCAGGUGCUUAUGAAAUCUUACACCGGCAUCGACUACAAGGAGUUUUACAACUUCCUGAAGAUCAUUGCAGAAAACCGGAUUUUUGUGCUCGAACACCACCACUCCGAAGAAGAUGCCUCCAAGCGUUCGUACAGGGCGGCCAUCUCCAGUCUGGGAAUGCUGCACGCGGUUUUUGACCUGAAAAGGACGGCAAAGGUCCUGGCCUCCUUGAACGCCAACGAGGAAUUCAGGAAGCUCAACCCUGACACUCUUUCGCCGCCUCCGCAGGCUCUCCUGCACCGUCUGAAAGCAGCCAUAGAUACCGCACUUCUCUAGCCUUCCCCCACACACCCCUUUUGAUUCUUGCCAGUUGCAAACAGCCUUCAGUUGCAAGCUGGGUGCAUGCGAAUUUUAUUUUUCAACCACCCCUUUUAGAAGUUGCCAGCACAGGGAAUUUUUCAGAGGGGAACGGGCCAUGUGGUGGUAGACUUCUUGGGAACUUAAAUGUGUAGGCGAUAGCUGCAAAGUGAAAGCAUUCCCAAGGUAACAUUUGGGGGCGAUAAUCCAUUUGCUCAUGGAAAACUAGUUUCAUGCAGAAUAGGACUACCUUUAGUCACUCCUAGUUAUUUCCUUUAGCUGUUAAUCCUACGCACUCCUGCCCAGUUGAACUCAAUCGAACUUAAUUCUGAAUAAAUGUAUAGAGGCUUAUACCCUCAGUGCCACUGUUUUGUUUUGCUAUUUUGGCCCACGGAAAAGAGCUUUGAGUGAGCAUGCCA